AUGGGGGGAAAGCCAAAAACAUUCAACCUGCCCACACCAGAGGACCGUAGAGAGACCAAGAUGGGAUCUCUGAGGGACACUGGACCUGAACAUCCAGAAGGCCCCUGGGUAGCAGCGGAAGUCAUGAAGAGGUCAGUCUCCCCUGACCCCAGCUGUGCGUCCAUGAGGAGAGACAGGUCUAAAGAAGAGCCACCAGUCUUCAGAGAGUCUGACUGUAGUACUGAUGAGAGAAUCCAUCAGGACAGAUCAGGAUCAAAUAUUUCCAGUGUUCAGUCUACACAGAGUCAUUUAAAACACCUGGACUCUGUAUUCAAGGAGCUUGAACACAAAGUCAUCACUUUAGUGAAGAAUGAGCUGAAGAAGUUCCAGAUGUUUCUGAGGGCAGAUUACCCAGCAUGCCCUGAGAGGAAGGUGGAGGAUGAGGAGGGUGAGAGGAGUGUCAGACAGGGGGCGCUGAAGAUCACACUGCACGUCCUGAGGACCAUGAAACACACACACCUGGCUGACACUCUGGAAACAGAACUGGGUUUUAUGACUCACUGUACACUCAAGUCUAAACAAAAGAAGAAAUUCAAAAAGAUAUAUGAAGGAUUAGCAAAGCAAGGAAACCCCAGACUUCUCAGUGAGAUCUACACAGAGCUCUACAUCACAGAGGGUGGAAGUGGAGAGGUCAAUAAUGAACAUGAGGUCAGACAGAUUGAGACAGCAUCCAGGAAACCAGCAACAGCAGAGACACCAAUACAGUGCAAUGACAUCUUUAAACCCUUACCUGGACAGGACAAACCCAUCAGAACUGUGCUGACAAAGGGAGUUGCUGGCAUUGGAAAAACCGUCUCUGUGCAGAAGUUCAUUCUGGACUGGGCUGAAGGAAAAGCUAAUCAGGAUGUCUACUUCAUAUUUCCACUUCCUUUUCGGGAACUGAAUUUGAUGAAGGAGAAAAAACUCAGUCUGAUGGGUCUUCUUCAUCAGUUUUUUAAAGAAACAGAUGAUGAAACCAUCACUGACUAUGAGAAGUACAAAGUCAUGUUCAUCUUUGAUGGUCUGGAUGAGUGUCGACUUCCUCUGGAUUUCCACAGCAAUGAGAUCAUGUGUGACGUAACAGAACAAACCUCACUGGACGCUCUGCUGACAAACCUCAUCAAGGGAAAUCUGCUUCCCUCUGCUCUCCUCUGGAUCACCUCCAGACCAGCAGCGGCCAAUCACAUCCCUCCUGAGUGUGUUGACCAGGUGACAGAGGUGCGAGGGUUUAAUGACCCUCAGAAGGAGGAGUACUUCAGGAAGAGAAUCAGAGAUCAGAAUCUGGCCGACAGAAUCAUCUCACACAUCAAGUCAUCAAGGAGCCUCUACAUCAUGUGUCACAUACCAGUCUUCUGUUGGAUUUCAGCCACUGUUCUAGAGAGAAUGUUGAGUGAAACAGAGAGUGGAGAGGUCCCAAAGACUCUGACUCAAAUGUACACACACUUCCUGAUCUUUCAGACCAAACAGAGGAAUCAGAAGUAUGAAGGACAUUAUGAGAUGGAUCCACACUGGAAUAAAGAGAGCAUUCUGUCACUGGGAAAACUGGCUUUUCAUCAGCUGGAAAAAGGCAACCUGAUCUUCUAUGAAGAAGACCUGAGAGAGUGUGGCAUUGAUGUGAGAGAAGCAUCAGUGUACUCAGGAGUGUGCACCCAGAUCUUUAGAGAGGAGUUUGGGCUGUACCAGAGGAAGGUGUACUGCUUUACUCAUCUGAGCAUUCAGGAGUUUCUGGCUGCUUUGUAUGUGGUUCUGUCCUUCAGUAACAGAACAAAUAACACAGAGCAGAUUCAGAGCACAGAACUUUUCAGCCUCUUUACCAAGACAACAAUGUCAGACCUCCUCAAGAGUGCAGUGGACAGGGCCUUACAGAGUGAGAAUGGACACCUGGACCUUUUCCUCCGCUUCCUUCUGGGUCUCUCACUGGAGUCCAAUCAGACUCUCUUACGAGGCCUACUGACACAGACAGGAAUCAGCUCCCAGAGCAAAGAGGAAACAGUGAAGUACAUCAAGGAGAAGAUCAGGGAGAAUCCCUCUCCAGAGAAAUCCAUCAAUCUGUUCCACUGUCUGAAUGAACUCAAUGACCAUUCUUUAGAGGAGGAAGUACAAACAUACUUGGAGGGGAGAGGUUCAGGUCCUUUCCUUUUUAAAGAAAAAGGCUGUCUGUUGGAUGUCUGUCUCUCUCCUGCUCAGUGGUCAGCUCUGACCUUUCUGUUGCUGAACUCAGAGGAGAAGCUGGAUGAGUUUGAGCUGAGGAAAUACGACAAAUCAGAUGAAUGUCUGAUGAGACUACUGCCAGUGGUCACAGCCUCCAGAAAAGCCAAGCUGUUUAGUUGUAAUCUGACAGAGAAAAGUUGUUCUGCACUGGCCUCAGCUCUCAGCUCAAGGUCCUCUCAUCUGACAGAGCUGGACCUGAGUUUUAAUAAUCUGCAGGAUUCAGGAAUGAAGCUGCUCUGUGAUGGACUACAGAGUCCACACUGUAAACUGGAGAUAUUAAAGCUGUGGGAGUGUAAUCUGACAGAGGAAAGUUGUCCAGCUCUGGCCUCAGUUCUCAGCUCAAACUCCUCCACCCUGCGAGAGCUGGACCUCAGUGACAAUAAACUGCAGGAUUCAGGAGUGAAGCGGCUCUCUGCUGGACUGGCGAAUCCACACUGUAAACUGGAGACUCUAAAAAUGUCUCAUUGCAAUCUGACAGAGAAAAGUUGUUCUGCACUGGCCUCAGCUCUCAGCUCAAGGUCCUCUCAUCUGACAGAGCUGGACCUGAGUUUUAAUAAUCUGCAGGAUUCAGGAAUGAAGCUGCUCUGUGAUGGACUACAGAGUCCACACUGUAAACUGGAGAUAUUAAAGCUGUGGGAGUGUAAUCUGACAGAGGAAAGUUGUCCAGCUCUGGCCUCAGUUCUCAGCUCAAACUCCUCCACCCUGCGAGAGCUGGACCUCAGUGACAAUAAACUGCAGGAUUCAGGAGUGAAGCGGCUCUCUGCUGGACUGGCGAAUCCACACUGUAAACUGGAGGUACUGGGGCUAACAUGUUCUAAUCUGACAGAGAAAAGCUGUUCAGCUCUGGCCUUAGCUCUCAAGUCAAACUCCUCCAGUCUGAGAGAACUGGACCUGAGUUACAAUAAUCUGCAGGAUCCAGGUGUGAAGUUGCUCUCUACUGGACUGGAGGAUCAACACUGCAAACUUGAGACACUGAGGCUCAGGGAAUGUAAUCUGACAGAGCAAAGUUGCUCAACACUAGCCUCAGUUCUCAGUUCAGACUCCUGCAGUCUGAGAGAACUGAACCUGAGUGACAAUAAUCUACAGGAUUCAGGAGUGAAGCUGCUCUCUGCUGGACUGGAGAAUCCACACUGUAAACUGGAGAAACUGGAGCUGAGUGAAUGUGAUCUGACAGAGAAGAGCUGUUCAUCUCUGGCCUCAGUUUUUGGCUUGAACUCCUCCAGUCUGAGAGAGGUGAACCUGAGCAGCAAUAAUCUACGAGAUGCAGGAGUGAAGCUGCUCUCUGCUGGACUGGAGAAUCCACACUGUAAACUACAGAAACUAAAUCUGUGUGACUGUGGGGUAACAGAGAAAGGCAUGGCUGAUCUGGCUUCAGCUCUGAGAUCAAACCCCUCACACCUGAGAGAGCUGGAUCUGAGCGAGAACAGACCAGGAGACUCAGGAGCGAACCUGUUCUCUGCUCUACUGGAGAUUUCAUUCUGUAAACUGGACACACUGGGGUGA